AUGGGUGCCACCAAGAUCUUGCUGGGGUUAUUCUUCUUAAAUGCAGCACUCCUGGAUGCCACCUCAGAGCCCGAAACAAUCAACACUCCCAGAUAUGAAACCUCAACCAGUCCAGCAGGUGCCUCCCUGGCCCUGGUGAACGGCAGGAACCGGUGCGAGGGCCGUGUAGAGAUUUACUCCUCUGGGGGCUGGGGCACAGUCUGUAAUGACAGCUGGGACCUGAACGAUGCCCAGGUGGUGUGCAGGCAGCUGGACUGUGGCUUUGCUGUUUCUGCAACAUCCAAUGCCUACUUUGGACAAGGCUCUGGCAACAUCUACCUGGACGACGUGCGCUGCACUGGGAGCGAGUCCUCCCUCUUUCAGUGCCAGAGAGUUGUGAGACCAGCACCACAACCGGAUAUGAAACCACAACCAGAUAUGGAACCACAAAUGGAUAUGAAACCACAAUGGGAUAUGGAACCACAACCACAUAUGGAACUACAAAUGGAUAUGAAACCACAACCGGAUAUGGAACCACAACCACAUAUGGAACUACAAAUGGAUAUGAAACCACAACCGGAUAUGGAACCACAACCACAUAUGGAACUACAAAUGGAUAUGAAACCACAACCGGAUAUGGAACCACAACCACAUAUGGAACUACAAAUGGAUAUGAAACCACAACCGGAUAUGGAACCACAACCACAUAUGGAACUACAAAUGGAUAUGAAACCACAACCGGAUAUGGAACCACAAAUGGAUAUGAAACCACAACCAGAUAUGGAACCACAAAUGGAUAUGAAACCACAACCAGAUAUGGAACCACAAAUGGAUAUGAAACCACAACCAGAUAUGGAACCACAAAUGGAUAUGAAACCACAACCAGAUAUGGAACCACAAAUGGAUAUGAAACCACAACCAGAUAUGGAACCACAAAUGGAUAUGAAACCACAACGGGAUAUGAAACCUCAACCAGUCCAGCCAAGACCAGCACCACAACCGGAUAUGAAACCACAACCGGAUAUGGAACCACAACGGGAUAUGAAACCACAACCAGAUAUGGAACCACAAAUGGAUAUGAAACCACAACCAGAUAUGGAACCACAAAUGGAUAUGAAACCACAACCAGAUAUGGAACCACAAAUGGAUAUGAAACCACAACCAGAUAUGGAACCACAAAUGGAUAUGAAACCACAACCAGAUAUGGAACCACAAAUGGAUAUGAAACCACAACCAGAUAUGGAACCACAAAUGGAUAUGAAACCACAACGGGAUAUGAAACCUCAACCAGUCCAGCCAGUAAGCAUCCAACCAAUCCUUCCUCCAGAUGGGUCUGAGUUUGUCAUUGCUUCUCUGGCCACUCCUUUUUGGGGGUGCCGGUGGUGGCUCACAGAGACCAGCACCACAACCGGAUAUGAAACCACAACCGGAUAUGGAACCACAAAUGGAUAUGAAACCACAACGGGAUAUGAAACCUCAACCAGUCCAGCCAGUGCCUCCCUGGCCCUGGUGAACGGCAGGAACCGGUGCGAGGGCCGUGUAGAGAUUUACUCCUCUGGGGGCUGGGGCACCGUCUGUGAUGACAGCUGGGACCUGAACGAUGCCCAGGUGGUGUGCAGGCAGCUGGACUGUGGCUUUGCUGUUUCUGCAACAUCCAAUGCCUACUUUGGACAAGGCUCUGGCAACAUCUACCUGGACGACGUGCGCUGCACUGGGAGCGAGUCCUCCCUCUUUCAGUGCCGGCACAAUGGCUGGGGCAUCCACAACUGUGCCCACAGUGAAGAUGCUGGUGUUGUGUGCUCAGAAAGUGGGGUCUGAAUUUCAACCAGUCUCCAGCUGGUGAAUGGAAACAACCCAUGUGAAGGUCGAGUGGAGAUCUACCACAGGGGACGGACGGGGACAGUCUGUGAUGAUUACUGGAACAUUGAUGAUGCCAAGGUUGUGUGCAGGCAGCUGGGAUGUGGCCAGGCCAUUGCAGCUCUAGGAAGUGCUUACUUCGGGGCAGGCUCAGGUGACAUCUUGCUGGACAACGUGAUGUGCAGCGGAACCGAGGUCUCCUUGUUUCACUGCAAUCACACUGGAUGGAGGAUCCACAACUGUGGCCACCAUGAAGAUGCUGGUGUUGUCUGUUCAGCUGCAGUGCCUACAACAGACUGGCCAUAUACGACAGAGUAUGACCUCUCUACAGAAGACAACUACUACAUGACCACUGAGCUGACCACCACAAUACCAUUAAUGUCUAUGAUGGAGACGAUCUCCCCAACAGAGGAGAUCACAAGAGCAUUCAUGAGACCCAUAACGGAGAAGAUGUCCCUAGAGGAAACAGACACAACAGCAGCAUCAACCUCCCUGGUGACGAUGACCUCCCCAACAGAGGAGAGCAGCGCAGCACCACCAACCUCCACACCAGAGGCAAUCUACUCAGCAGAGACAAGGGCUCCACCACCAGUGCCUAUCACAACAAAAGGCAGCACAUCAGGUUCAGUGCUGAGCACAGACUGGUUGGAAUUUACAGAACCAUAUCCUACUGGAUGGCCAGAAGGAGCAGUGUCCGACGGCCGGCGCUGGGGGACGGUGUGCGAUGACCAGUGGGAGCUGCAGGACGCGCAGGUGGUGUGCGGGCAGCUGGGCUGCGGCCGGGCCCUGGCAGCCCCGGGCAACGCGCGCUUCGGCCUCGGCUCUGGGCCCAUCUUCCUGGACGACGUGCAGUGCCGAGGGGACGAGCCCUCCCUCCAGCUGUGCCGGCACCGCGGCUGGGGCCUGCACAACUGCGCACAUCUGGAGGACGCCGGCGUCAUCUGUGCAGCCCCUCCGACCACCCCGACACCUCCACCAGCACCUUAUGUUUGUGGUGGAUCAAUCUCAAAUUCCUCUGGGAUGCUGCAGAGUCCCUUCUACCCUGGAAGUUAUCCAAAUGACGCUGACUGUGUGUGGGAAAUACAAGUAGAGAGCAAUUUCCGUGUUAUGCUCACAUUUAGAGACAUUGUGAUGCAAAGUGACACAUGCCAGCAUGACUACAUUGAAGUCUAUGAUGGACCUCCACACUCUUCCCCACUUAUUGGGAGGCUUUGUUCUGGUUCCUUCCCCACGUACACAUCCUCUUCAAACAUGAUGACCGUUCGCUUCCACAGUGACUCUAGAUACACCUUCAGAGGGUUUCAGGCUCACUACUCCUCCAUCCCAGCAGAUCAAAACACUACCCUCCUGUGCUUGCCAGACUACAUGCACGCAGUGGUCAGCAGGGACUAUCUCCAGUCUCAAGGCUACUCGGCGCAGAUGGUGACGCUGGACGACAGUCGCUGCCCGCCAACAGUCACGUCACGCGAGGUUAUAUUCAACAUUCCCUACCAUGGCUGUGGGACCACACGAGAGGAGAACAAUGAUACAAUCAACUAUUCCAACGUGAUCAAAAUCGCAUCUUCCGGGAACAUAAUCAAGAGGAAAAAAGACAUUCACUUACAUAUCAGUUGCAAGAUGCUACAGAACACGUGGAUGCAGCUAAUGUAUGUUGCUGAGGAUACCAUAGAUGUGAAUGAAAAUCAGUUUGGAAGAUAUGACAUGAACAUCAUUUUUUAUGACUCCUCAUCAUUCUCGCGGCAAGUGCACGACUCUCCGUACUACAUUGACUUGAACCAAAAUUUGUACCUUCAAGCUGGUCUUCACAGCUCUGACCCAAACCUGGUUGUGUUUGUGGACACCUGUGUGGCAUCACCUGAUCCUCAAGAUUUUGACACUCUGGCCUAUGUUAUAGUCAAGAAUGGAUGUGUUCGAGACCCUUCCUACACCACAUACUCCUCCCCCAGCAGCCACUUUGCUCGGUUCAAGUUCAACGCCUUUGAGUUCAUGCGCCGCCACCCGCUGGUCUUCCUGCGCUGCGAGCUGGUGGUGUGCAGGCUCCAGGACUUCUCCUCCCGGUGCUACAGGGGCUGUCUCACCAGGUCCAAGAGAGAUACAAGUUCUGCUGAGGAAAAAGUGAAGGUGGUAGUCGGACCACUUCGGCUUCGGGAAGGGGGUGCUGAGAGUAGCACUGCUGAUUUUGAUACUCUGGCCUAUGUUAUAGUCAAGAAUGGAUGUGUUCGAGACCCUUCCUACACCACAUACUCCUCCCCCAGCAGCCACUUUGCUCGGUUCAAGUUCAACGCCUUUGAGUUCAUGCGCCGCCACCCGCUGGUCUUCCUGCGCUGCGAGCUGGUGGUGUGCAGGCUCCAGGACUUCUCCUCCCGGUGCUACAGGGGCUGUCUCACCAGGUCCAAGAGAGAUACAAGUUCUGCUGAGGAAAAAGUGAAGGUGGUAGUCGGACCACUUCGGCUUCGGGAAGGGGGUGCUGAGAGUAGCACUGCUGGGAAAUUUUUUUCUUUUGUGUCAAUGAGUUUGGUGAAUGGAUGGAACCACUGUGAAGGGCACAUUGAAAUAUCUGAUAAAGGAACCUGCUAUCGCAACCCUUGUGCUGCUUCUUUUGCUCUGCACCUAUCUGAGUUGGACAAAGUUGGGUUUUCCAUGCAGGCAUUUGCAGAGAUUGAAGCUGACAUGCUGGACUCUCAGCCAAAACUGUCAUGGGCUGCAUGGACCAAGGGUCCUCAGCCUCCCUGGUAUUGUGGUCAUCACACAUGGCAAACCACUGGGACAUGGUGGAACCCAUCAGGAAGCUCAGAAACUGGAAAUCCAAACUUAUGGAACAAAUUUGUAAAUUGGCUAAAAGACAGAUUUGCACCCAAAGAAAAGCUGCAGCUGCGACUGGUUUCCGGAGGGGACCGGUGCUCCGGGAGGGUCGAAGUUUAUCGCAAUGGGAAAUGGGGCACAGUCUGUGAUGAUGGCUUUGGCUUGAGCAGUGGCAGUGUUGUCUGCAGGCAGCUUGCGUGUGGUGAAGUUGAUUCUGUCUUGGGAAACUCCUACUUUGGCCCUGGUGAAGAUGACAUCCUCCUGGACGAGGUGCAGUGCAGAGGAACUGAGUCUCACCUGUGGGACUGCCAGCACGCUGGCUGGGACACACAUGACUGUGAGCACCAUGAGGACGUCAGUGUCAUCUGUUCAGAAUUUCCUGACACUCUGGCCACCUCCACGAAUUCCUCCUCUGCAUCCAGCCCAACCCCAGCAGAGACUGACACAACAACUGCUCCAACAACCUGGACAACCCUCGAGGAAGCUUCAGGAAAUUAUUCUGUCACAGAAACUGAUGUCUUGGACACAUCUGCCCCAGGCACGAACAGUACAGAGCCCUCAGCAACUCCAGCAUCGUUUACCCUGAGCCAAGAUCCCUCAGCUCUGACUGUGAGGCUGGCAGAAGGUGACAGCAGGUGCUCGGGCCGUGUUGAGCUCUUCUACAACGGGAGCUGGGGAACCGUCUGUGACGACGGCUGGGGGCUGGCGGGGGCCCGGGUGGUGUGCAGGCAGCUGGGCUGUGGAGAAGCUCUGGUGGCUGUGUCUGGAGCUUACUUUGGCCCUGGCUCUGGGAACAUCCUCCUGGAUGACAUGGAGUGCAGAGGGGAUGAAGACAGCCUGUGGGAGUGCUCCCACAAGGGCAUCGCUGUCCACAACUGCCAACACACGGAGGACGCCAGUGCCAUUUGUGCAGAGCCAACUACACCCUCUGUCACAGCAGAGCCUGUUCCAGAAGAGUCAGUUACUGGCCCUCUCACAAGCGAGCCUGUUCCAGAAGACAUGUCCUUGAGGCUGGUGAACGGAGAAGCCACCUGCUCGGGACGCCUCGAGGUGUUCCACAACGGGAGCUGGGCAACUGUCUGCGACGACGGCUGGGACCUGAGGGCUGCCACGGUGGUGUGCAGGCAGCUGGGCUGUGGAGAAGCUGUCUCAGCCAAAACCGAUGCCUACUUUGGGGAAGGCACAGGAGAUAUUCUCCUGGAUGACGUGAGCUGCAGCGGGGACGAGUCGUCGCUGGACCAGUGCUCCCACCGGGAGCUGGGCACGCACAACUGCUACCACAAGGAAGAUGCUGGUGUCAUCUGUGCAGAGACAGACUCUCCUGCUCCUGAACCAGACACUACCACUGCAAACCUUCCUUACCUGCCUAACUACAUGAGGCUGAUGGUGCUCAGAUACUUAACUGGCCUGUGCGGACCUAGGAGGCCUGGGAUGUCCAGUAUAAGAUUACAAGGAUGCGUAAGGGACCCAACCUGUGGGAACUACUACUCACCAGCUGCCAGGAUUAUCCAGUACCAUUUCAGUAACCACAUCUACCCAAGAUCCUGCCUAAGGUGCCAAGUGCUGGCGUGCAGCAGAUACAGUUACCCUGCUCAGCGCUACAGGGGCUACCUGGUCAGAGGCAAAAGAAGCGCCAAAAAAGGCGACCCUGUCGUCAUCAUCAUCAUCAGCAGCAAAGUGGAGAAUAAAACAUUAUUGCAGCUUCAGAGAUCCUUGGAAGUUGUUUUGUCUUGCUGCUCUUCUCCAGUAGGUGCUCCUCGCUGUGGGGCUUCCCUGCACGACCUCAACAAAGCAUUCAGGAUUGACCUAAAUGCAAAUGCAAACUGUGUCUGGCAGAUUCAGAGGAACGUAAAUCAAACAAUUAGGCUGGUUUUCUCCUACUUUCAGUUUGCUCCUUCUUCAAGCUGUGAAACUGAAAGUAUUAAAAUAUAUGAUGGUCCCUCAACUAAUUCAUCUCUUCUUGGACAAGUAUGUAACGACACUGAUGCAGUCCCAGUACUUCAUUCAUCUUCAGACAGUUUAACUUUUCUCAUAACAACAAACUCUGCAGCUUUUGCACGAAACUUCUUUGUCUACUAUUACUUCUUUCCAGCAGAAGCAAAAAAUGAAAAUUGUGGGGGACAAUUAACUGGACCCAAUGGGACAAUUACCAGCCCCAACUACCCAGCACCUUACCCUGAGUUUACAUACUGUGUCUGGCACAUAGAAACAGCAAAAAACUCUAAGAUAAAACUACAGUUCCAGGACUUUUUCCUGGAACUUGACAAAACCUGCCGCUUUGACUUCACCGCAGUCUACGAUGGCCUUGCCACCAACACUGGCUUAAUAGGGAAAGUGUGUGGUCGUACUCAGCCCACGUUUGAAUCUUCCUCAAACCUGAUGACAGUUGUGCUGUCUACAGACUAUGCCAACUCCUACAGAGGGUUUUCUGCUCAGUACACCAGUGUCCCCCUGCCAGCCCCAGUGGAGCCCGACACAUUCCUUACCUGCACUUCAGAGAGCAUGAAAAUUGUUCUGAGCAAGUCUUAUCUGGCCUCCCUUGGUUAUAAUGAAACUCAGCUACAGCUGAAUGAUCCAUCUUGCCGUCCACUUGUAACAGAUUCAGUGAUCUUUUCCUUCCCAUUAGCCAGCUGUGGAACAACUAAAAAGGAUGAAGGUCACAGCAUCACUUACACCAACAUCAUCUCUCUCGCCGCAACUGGCAGCGUUAUCACCCGUCAAAAGAACAUAGAGAUCAUUGCAAAAUGCAAAAUGGAAAACAAUUCAACCUUAGAAGUCAUUUACAUCACCAAAAAUAAUGUCAUCCAGAACACAACUGCCACGGGAAGUUACAACGUCAGCAUGUCAUUCUAUGACUCAGACUCAUUCUCCCAGCCUGUCCAUCAGUCCCCAUAUUACGUAGACUUGAACCAGAACCUUUUUGCUCAAGUCAGCCUUCAUUCCACUGACCCAAAUCUUCUGGUGUUUGUUGAUACCUGUAUAGCAUCUCCACAAGCUGAUUUUGGAUCCCCAACAUAUGACUUAAUCAGAAGCGGCUGCAAAAAAGAUGACACAGUGGUGACCUACCCACCACUUAAGCACUAUGGAAGGUUCAAGUUUAAUGCCUUCAGGUUCCUGCGGAGCUUCCCCUCUGUUUACCUUCAGUGUGACAUUGUCAUCUGUGACAGCAAUGCCACAGAGUCCCGCUGUACCCAGGGCUGUGUCUCCAGGCAGAAAAGAGCUCUUCCUACACACACAUGGAAAACUAAUACUGUAGUAGGUCCCAUCCGCCUGAAGAGAGACCUGAGGUCUGCUGGUCACUCAGAAUCCCUCACUAGAGCAGAUGCUGAAGAAAUGCCAAACCUGCAGCAGUACAACUUCUACUCUCUUUCCUUUGUGGUCUUAAUUUCAAAUAUUAUCGUUGUGGUAGCUGUGAUACUGAAGUAUCACAAACGCCAAGCAGGACAUGGCUACCAAAAAAUCCAGAGCUCAUAUUAA